AGCGGGUCCCGCCGCGGGCACCAGGGGUCCUGGAGGGCACGCAGGAUGCUGGGGCGUUGGGCCAGCGGAAGGCUCCUAGCGGCCGGCCAGGGUCCGAGUUGGGGUGGGAAUUCUGGGUUUAGCCGAUUCUGGGUUAGCAGGUGUUGGCCCAAGUGCUCGGGUGCUGGGGCCGCGAGUUGGAUGACCUGGCGAAGGGUGAGCAUUCCUGCAGGGACCCAAGGCCCUGGAGGGACUGACUGAUGGUCAUCUGAGGUUGGGCCGGCAGGAGGCGUCUGGGGCAGGGACCCAGGGUUCUGAACAGCAGGAGGUGUCCGACUCAGGAAUCCAGGUACCAUGAUGUGGGGUGCAGGCAGCCCUCUGGCCUGGUUCUCAGCUGGCUCAGGCAACGUGAACGUGAGCAGUGUGGGCCCAGCAGAGGGGCCCACAGGUCCAGCCACACCGCUGCCCUCACCUAAGGCCUGGGACGUGGUGCUCUGCAUCUCAGGCACCCUGGUGUCCUGCGAGAAUGCGCUAGUGGUGGCCAUCAUCGUGGGCACUCCUGCCUUCCGUGCCCCCAUGUUCCUGCUGGUAGGCAGCCUGGCUGUGGCAGACCUGCUCGCAGGCCUGGGCCUGGUCUUGCACUUUGCUGCUGUCUUCUGCAUCGGCUCAGCGGAGAUGAGCCUGGUGCUGGUUGGCGUGCUGGCAAUGGCCUUUACCGCCAGCAUCGGCAGUCUACUGGCCAUCACUGUCGACCGCUACCUUUCUCUGUACAAUGCCCUCACCUACUACUCAGAGACAACAGUGACGCGGACCUAUGUGAUGCUGGCCUUAGUGUGGGGUGGUGCCCUGGGCCUGGGGCUACUGCCUGUGCUGGCCUGGAACUGCCUGGAUGGCCUGACCACAUGUGGUGUGGUAUAUCCACUCUCCAAGAACCAUCUGGUGGUCCUGGCCAUUGCCUUCUUCAUGGUGUUUGGCAUCAUGCUGCAGCUCUAUGCCCAAAUCUGCCGCAUCGUCUGCCGCCAUGCACAGCAGAUUGCUCUCCAGCGGCACCUGCUGCCCGCCUCCCACUAUGUGGCCACCCGCAAGGGUAUUGCCACACUGGCCGUGGUGCUUGGAGCCUUUGCCGCCUGCUGGUUGCCCUUCACUGUCUACUGCCUGCUGGGUGAUGCCCAUUCGCCGCCUCUCUACACCUAUCUGACCUUGCUUCCCGCCACAUACAACUCCAUGAUCAACCCCAUCAUCUAUGCCUUCCGCAACCAGGAUGUGCAAAAGGUGCUGUGGGCUGUCUGCUGCUGCUGUUCCGCUUCCAAGAUCCCCUUCCGAUCCCGCUCCCCCAGUGAUGUCUAGUUGCGUCUUGUUGACCCUUCAGCCCUGAUCACUACGGAAUUCCAGAAUGUUAGGUUCUCCAGGGCUUCUUUCCAAACCCCCAGUUCCACACCCCCCAGACCCAGCUGGUUCUGGAGUUCUAGGACAUUGGGUGUUUCAAGGUUCUGUUCAGAUCCCUAUGGGAGCCCAGCUGGCUCCACGGUUUCAGAAUGUUCAGGUGGUCAGGGUUCUACUCAGAAAUGUCUCACAGGCCAGCUGGCUUGCAGUUCCGGAAUGCUGGGAGUUUUACAGUGCCAUUCCAAGUCCCAGAUGUCUCUCCUCUCCCAGACUUGACCUUGACCAUGUCACUUUACAUUUGAAUUUCUGAGCUAAAGAGUCAGAGAGAUUAGUCACAUAGUUGCCUAAAUAGGAGAGAGGAAGAUUAUAUAUGUGCACAUACAAAGAGAGUAUCUAUUAUUUAUUUAUUUAUUUAUAAAUUUACUUAUGGGUGGUAAGGGGAAAAAAGAGACCCACACCUUGAUACCAGGGUACCCCUUGUCCCCUUACCCCCAUUUCUGACCUCAGUUCCUGGAGGGGGGAAAGGGAGAAAGAGAAACCACGUAUUUUGUUAUUAUUUUGGAUUACUUUUUAUCGAAGAGAUCAUAGAAACCAGAGCCUUCUCCCCAGGCCCGCCCUCCUUGGGUUUGCAGGGGGAACACACCAGCCUCUGGUUUUUUAUUUUUUUAAGAAGCCAUCACCUGAGCAACCAAAAAUUCCUCUGCGCUGGGGUCUGACUGCCCUCUGGUGGCCAUUUGGGAGAACUGCAGCCCGGCCAGGCAGCCGGGACCAGAACGCAACUCCAGCUCCAUUCCAGCCUGGCAUCCAGUGCCACAGCCAUGGCCUGGGGGCCAAGCCUUACCCUGUGGUGCCCUAGAGGGGGGGCACGAGCCAACACCCCACCCCUCUGCCAACCGGGGUAUGGCCCCCAGUGCAUUCCCCGUUCCUGUCUCUAACCCAACUCAAUAAAAAAUGAUUUUGUCAUAAA